AUGACUGAGGAAAGGAGUCACAAGUCGUACAGACCAUUUACUGUCCUAACAUUCAAAGCCAACUUUUUGUUACAUGAGCUGAAUCCGUUUGGUUAUCAUGCAGUUAAUAUUCUCCUUCACACCAUUGUUGUACUUUUGUUUUACAAAUUGUGUUUGUGCUACCUACACAAGGAGGCAGCAUUGUUGAGUGCUAUGCUUUUCUCAGCCCAUCCUGUUCAUACAGAAGCCGUAACUGGUGUUGUUGGGAGAGCUGAACUUCUCUCCUCAGUUAUGUUUCUGUCUGCUGUUUUGCUAUAUAUGGGUGCACUGGACAAAUGCCAUAGUCCAAGUUUUUGGGUAGAUAUCGUCAAUAUCCUGAUAGUUGGCUUCUUAAUAUGUGUUGGGACAUUCUCCAAAGAACAAUGCAUUACAGUUUUUGGCGUUUUCGUUGCUUAUGAACUUUUCAAAGUUUAUCAAAAAACUUUGUCAUGUGGAAUUGUACUUUGGUUUCCUAGUUUCAAGAAAAAGACUUCUCAAAAGACCGGGGCAUUUAAGGAAAUUAUACCUCGCGCUCACAGACUACUUCAGUUAAAUUUAUCCAUUCCUUCAUGGACCUCUUAUGCCCCUGUCUACAGGAUUUUUAUCCUGUUUCUGUUCGUCAUUGCUGUUAUGUUUGCACGUAUACGUAUAAUGGGUGGACAACUACCACAUUUUACAGAAUUUGAUAAUCCAGCUGCACACGCGCCCCGCUGA